AUAGGAUACGGGUGCAGAGGUGACAGAAGCUUAGUGGAAGGAAACAUUGAGUUCACACAGAAUAUCAGAUAAUUCUCCAAGCCAAAAUAAGCAAAUUGAAAAUCCAAUUCAAUCAAAGCCUCUCAAUCCAAUCUUCCUUUCUUUCGUUUCACUUAGACUAGGUAUCUGCUAAACUUUAACCUUUUUCCAUUUGCAACAAAAAUUGAAUACAUGGGUAGCUCCAGCAUGGCAUUAUCAGCUGCUUAAAGGAACUCAAGCUAAACCUUUUUAUCCAAACAUUGUGAAUAUCAGAGAAGAGUCUAGUUAUGGCUUACUCUUCUCCCAAUCUUUCUUCAAUUCCACACCUCCCUUCUUUCACUUUAAAACCUUCCCCGCCUCACUCAAGCUCAAGGUUUGUUUCAGCUCAGAUAAGAUCUGAUUUGGAGAAUGAGAGCUGUACAACUGGAGUUUCAAAUGAUUCAUUGGAACCUGCUAAGAAGAAGGCAGCUGAGUUGCCAACAUCACGGCGUAUGUGUCUUACAUGCUUAUGUUCAAGCCUAGCUUUAAUCAGCAGUUCUAGCAGCUCUGCUUCUGCAGUAUCAGCAAUGGCUAUGGAUGGGAAUGAAAGGGCUGUAUGCCGCAAUUGUGCAGGGAGUGGUGCUGUACUUUGUGAUAUGUGUGGUGGUACAGGAAAAUGGAAAGCUCUCAACAGGAAACGUGCUAAGGAUGUUUACGAGUUUACUGAAUGUCCGAACUGUUAUGGUCGGGGGAAACUGGUGUGUCCUGUUUGUUUAGGUACCGGUUUACCAAAUAACAAAGGUCUUCUAAGGAGGCCUGAUGCCCAGAAAUUGCUUGACAAGAUGCACAACGGUCGACUUUUGCCAAGUUCAUAGACCCGUCAUGCCCCUUGGACCCAGAUGUUAUUGUCAUUGGUAAUUUAGUUUAGAAAACUUAUCGGUUACUUUAGUGAAACUUGGAAAAUAUUUCCCGACCUAAAUACUACAAUCUGGUUUGUUUUAACAAUACAAUUUUGAUCUUUGUAAGCAAUUUAUUGGCAUUUUGUUUAAUAUGGAGAGGACAAUAGACCACAUUGUUAGAUUCUGUUUCUUCCUCUUGUUGUAAUUUUCAAGGUGACUGAUGUUUGAUUUGAAACCAUCAAUGUAAUUAUUCAGUUCAUAA